AAGAGGGAGACACUGACCAUGCACCUGUAGUGUAGCGUACUUUUAGACUUCAGAGAUCUUGCUUUUUGUGUUAUAGUUGUCUUUUUUUAAUAUUGGAUUCUCAGUAAUGCCUCCGAAAAAGAAAGCAGCGGACUCUGCUGAUCCACCUGUGCCGUCCUCCAGCGACGCCCCGGUUGAAAAGCAGGUCGAGAAUAAAUCAGAUGCUGCGACGCUGCGCAAACUUGCAGCUCAUCCCUCCACAGCUAUUAUGGUGAAAGAAGCACUUAAAGCGUUGGACUCGCGAAAGGGGGUUUCAUCCCAGGCGAUACAGAACUAUAUUAAACAAAAAUACCCCUCAGUGGAUCUGGUGAGGUUGAAGCACUUAGUCCGCAGAACCCUGAAGAAGGGGAUCGAGACUGGCACGUUGGUGAGGCCUGCCAACUCCAAUGUCACUACAGGCGCAAUGGGAAAAUUCAGGCUUGCACGACAAGACAAGCAGCCAAAGUCAAAAACUGAGAACAUGGAUCCUAAUGUACAAAAAGUCCCAAAAGCAGCCAAGGAUGAAGCAAAGGAUGGAGCCAAGAAGACCAAAAAAACAGGUGCCACGAAGAAGAAGAAAGACACUGAAAACGACGAACCCAAGUCAUUAGAGGACUCCAAGCCACCCAAAACCUCAAAGACAGACGAGAAGGCCACUACCUCAAAGGCUGCCCCAGCAAAGAAGCCAAAAGCUAAAAAAGCCGCUGAGAAUGGGGAUGAUGACGGAGCCUCUGACUCAGCCAAAACUAAAGCAAAAACCGCCAAGGAGGCAAAAGCAGGGAAGGCAUCGCAGAGCAAGGCUGCUAAAGCAGGUAGUGAUGCCCCUGCUUCCAAAGCAACUGGGAAACGUGGGAAGAAGACUGCAGAGUAAACUUGUACUUCUUAAAUCGUUUUUACUGUUUUGUUUGGAAAUAAAAAUAUUUUUUUGGAA